AGCCUUUAUUAGAUAUAAAACAUAAGAUAAACGAAAAUAAAUAUUGAGGAUGACUUAUAUAAACAUAUACGUAUUUAUUAAGGCCUAAUAAGUUAUGCUUAGUUGGCUUUUUCCGAAAAAAAUAGACUCAUUUUUGACUGAAAACAUAAACAAUGAUACAUUUCAAUUACUUCAUCCAUUUCCGAAUUGUUUUGGUAUAGAAAAGUUAAAGAGCGACGAUAUUCGGGUUAUUAUAGCUCAAAAUAUUGAUAAUAAAGCGAAAACGAUUCUUUUUGAUUCAGAAAAGAUAUGUGAGAAAGAAAUAGGCUGUUCUCAAUAUAUAAAAGCAUGUAGAAAUGAAGAGGGAAUAAAAAAAAAUUAUUCAAAUGUUUUAUUAUCUGAUUUAAAUAGAAAUACAUAUUUUAAACAGACUAUAUCUACUGAAAUGAUAUCCGAUUUGAUGUUUGGUACAGUGCCUAUGACGUAUCAAGGCACUAUUACAAAACUUCAUCCACUUUUUUCAUCUGGAACGUUUUUUCAUUCAUUUCUUUUGACUAAGUUGUUUACGAUUGAAUCUGAUGCAUCAUUUUCAACAUCUAAUUCUAAUAAUUUUUCUGCUUCUGACCGAUAUAAUGAUUCAUUAACUGAUUUAUCAUUAAAAGAUUCUUUAUUGCCUAAUAUGACGUCUUUUGAAGAACAUAAAAAAAAUGUUUUAUUGCGGAAGGAAUCCGAAUCGCUAUUUACAUUAUCAAGAUUAGGAUCUUGGGAAUCUUCUAAGUCAAUAAUAGAUCAAUCAAAAAAAUAUCCAUUUUUGACAAAUAUUCCUAAAAUGACUGGGAUGUCUCGUGAAUCAUUUAAAAAAUCUAAGCCCUAUGUUUAUGCAAUAGGCAUUAUCAUUACUUUAAAUAUAAAUAGUGGGGAUUUUCAAGAUGGAUACCAAAUUAUUAACCAAUAUUGGAGUAUUUUAAAUAAUGCUGCUAAUGCCUUACAGCGGUCAGUUUUUUCUGUGAUUUCGAAAAGUUUAGAAAACGUCAAUUGCGUAUUUUAUAAGGAUUGUGAAACUUUAGAAAUAAGUCGUAUUGCCUCUGAUACAAAUAGGAGAAAUUUUAUGAUGAACAGCAUAUCAUUAUAUAAUGAUACUAUUAUUUGUGCAGUUUUAAAGUUUAAAGAAAGAAUACUUACUGCUAUUUCUGCACCUUUAGUAAUUCAUAUUCCAAAAAGAACUGAACAAAAAUUUAAAGAAGAAUUUAAAGCUUUGUUUAGAGAAUUAGACAACAAACCAUGUAAAUUCUUUUUUUCUGUUUUACUUACUGCAAUACUUUCAAGUCAUAUGGAAAUUACUUCUGAUUUUUUAUCUAGAGACUUAACUGAAAUAUUAUCAGAAAAAAAAUUGGAAAAUAUUGUUAUUAUUAGCAAAAAUUCUUCUCUUGCUAGACGUAUUAUAUAUGUAUUAUCUGGGCUUAUUUUUCAUGAUUUACGUAAUAUUCAAAUAAUCGAUUAUUUAUGGCCAUCUGAAGGGCUUUUAUGUCUUUCUCGAAAUCAUUUACGUCCAUGUAGAUCAAAAGAGUCUUUACCUAAGCAGAUUUUUGGGUGGGAUAUACCAUAUUGUUGUCCCCUUUCUAAAGUGCAAACUUAUUCUAUGUCUGCUUCAUCAAUUGAUAGCAAAAUGUCUUCCGCUUCUACAUCAGACUAUGCAAUUCGUCAGUCUAAUGGUCUAUAUGGAUCUAGACUUGGUAGUUGGUUUAGUAGUUUUUUGACUCAAAAGAAUCAUGAAACUAUUGUAGCCAAUAAUUCAAAUCUAAAUGAGGAUAGUGAUUUACAAUCUCAUAUGAGUGGAUCAUUUCAUGACCAAUGUUCAAGUCUUACUUCAGAUGAUGAGGAUAUGAUUAAAUCUUUAACAAAAGUUUCUGCUAAAUUAAAUGACAAAGGAAUUAUAGAAAUUGAUCCUUUAAAUACUGUUACUGAAUUUGAAAAUUCAUCCCAAGUUAUCGAUUUGAAUUUUCAUUCCACGCCAUAUAUUACAGGAUAUUUAGAUUCUAUUCAUUUCGAUUUUAUUCUUCAGGCAUGUCCUCCAUCUAUAAAUCUUGAGUUGCAAAUUCAAAAUCAACUGAAGCAAAGAAGUAUAGAUAUACGUGAUUCACUUCACGAAUUUAAGCCAUCUGAAGAUAUUGUUUCUAUUCUUGUUGCUGAUUUAUCAAAUUGUGCAAUUAAAAAGUUUACACUCCAAAGAUCUCAUACGGAUUCUUUAUCUUCAAACAUUGAUGAAAACAUCCAGCAAAUGCAUAAUGAGCAUCGUAUAUUCAAUGAAACAUUAACUUGUAUAGAUAGUAGUUUAAUUGAAAAUAUAUAUAAUUAUAUCUUGGUUAAUUAA